CGCGAAGGCCGUGCGGCUGGAAGGCCGGGAGGUGGCGGAGCCGAAGUCAUGGCGGCCAGGGCAGCGGGCAGCGGGGGCUGGGAGGUGGUGAAGAAGGGCCGGCGACCUGGAGCAAGCGGCGGUGGACGAGGCGUCGGCGGUAGUGACCGCCGAGCACUCGGAGAGGCGAACGGAGUGUGGAAAUACGACCUGAGCUCUCCAAUCCAGACCACAAGCACUCUCUAUGAGCGGGGCUUUGAGAAAAUCAUGAAGCGGCAGAAUAAAGAACAAGUUCCACCCCCUGUUGUGGAGUCUAAGAAACCAGGAAACAAGAAGCAACCAAAGAAGGUGACAGCUGUCACUAGCCAAAACCAGAAGCAGGGCCUAUUCCGAAGCCUGGAGGACGCACUGAAAGCUCUGGAUGUGGCAGCUCUGAAGAAGGAACUGGACAAGAGCCAGAGUGUGUUCACUGGGAACCCCUCUGUAUGGCUGAAGGACCUGGCCAGCUAUCUCAACUACAAGCUCCAGACUCCACGGAUUGAGCCCACUCUGAGCCAGUAUCCACAUGAUUAUCCCUACAGCCUCGUGAGCCAAGAGCUGCGUGGGAUCAUCCAAGGGCUCCUGACCAAAGCUGCAGGGUCUGUGGAGCUCUUUUUCGAUCACUGUCUGUUCACCAUGCUGCAAGAGUUGGAUAAGACACCAGGGGAGUCACUACAUGGGUACCGCAUCUGUAUUCAGGCCAUUCUACAAGACAGGCCCAAGAUUGUCACCUCAAACCUGGGCAAGUUCCUAGAGCUUCUGAGGUCCCACCAGAGCCGACCAGCAAAGUGCCUGACCAUCAUGUGGGCCCUGGGACAAGCAGGUUUUGCCAACCUCACCGAGGGACUGAAAGUGUGGCUGGGGAUCAUGCUGCCUGUGCUGGGCAUCAAGUCUUUGUCUCCCUUUGCCAUCGCAUACCUGGACCGGCUGCUCCUGAUGCAUCCUAACCUCACCAAAGGCUUUGGCAUGAUUGGUCCCAAGGACUUCUUCCCACUUCUAGACUUUGCCUAUAUGCCCAACAACUCCCUAACCCCCAGCCUGCAGGAACAGCUGUGCCAGCUCUUCCCCCGACUGAAGGUGCUGGCGUUUGGGGCCAAGCCAGAAUCCACCCUGCACACCUACUUCCCUUCGUUCCUGUCCAGAGCCACCCCUAGCUGUCCUGCUGAGAUGAAGAGAGAGCUUCUAGGCAGCCUGACCCAGUGCCUGACUGUGGACCCCCUCAGCACCAGCGUCUGGAGACAGCUAUACCCCAAGCACCUGUCACAGUCCAGCCUGCUGUUGGAACACUUGCUCAAGUCCUGGGAGCGGAUUCCCAAGAAGGCACGGAAGUCUUUGCAAGAAACCAUUCAGUCCUUCAAGCUUGCCAACCAGGAGCUUCUAAAGAAGGGCAGUGGUGGCAAUGAGCAUGUUGUCACCUGUGAUGCAGCCUGCAAGGGCUUGUUGCAACAGGCACGGGGUCCUCGGCCACCCUGGGCCCGGCUACUCCUGUUACUUCUGGUCUUUGCAGUAGGAUUCCUUUGCCAUGACUUUCGGUCACAUGGCUCCUUCCAGGCCUCCCUCACUGGCUGGUUGCUUCGAUCAUCUGGUUUCUUGCCUGUUGGCCAGCACCUGUGUGCCAAGCUCUACUCUUGCAGCAUUCAAAGCUACAGCUGGCUGCAGGAGACAUUGCCAGCCUAUGGCUCCCACCUGCUUGCUGUGAUACAGCCCAGUUUGCAGCUGGCCUGGACGCACACUGAUGCCACCGUUAGCUUCCUUUCUGCCCACUGUGCCUCUUACCUUGCCUAUUUUGGUGACAGCCUUGCUGGCUUCUUGCAGAGGGUCCAGCUCCCUGAGGCCCUGCACCAGCUCUUGCACUCCUUGAAGGAUCUGCUGCUGCUUUUCUACCACAGUGUGCUACUGCCAUUGUGGCACCUGCUGCUUGCAGCCCUAGCCCGAGCCCAGGAGCACUGCCACCAGGCCUGCAGAGGAGAAGUGACCUGGGACUGCAUUAAGACACAGUUUGGUGAAGCUGCCCGAUGGACCUGGCUCUGCCUACAGGACGUCACAGUAGCUUUCUUGGACUGGGCACUCGCCAUGAUAUCCCAGCAAUAGAUCCUGCCUGCCUGGCCACUGGUUUCUAUGAUGGGCAAGCUGUCAGAGACUGCUGGAGGGUAGAGAAGGCAGCUGUCUCUUCACUCGGUGCCUGAAUUCUAUCUCCUAGGUGAGGGGCCAGGUGGCUCUGCCUCACUUCUCUGUCUUUAGGGGACUGGGCUGGAGCUUCUGAGCUUCUCAGCCUCCUGCUCACAGGUCUGCUAGGUGUCUCAGGCCCAGUGGCACAGCUCUCAGCCUCCUUUGGGCUGGUAGCCUUUCUCUACUUCUCUCACCCCUCUCUGUCCCUCCAUCUCAGCACUUAAGCCCCCUCAGCCCCCCUCCAAAAAAGGGAGGUGGCCAUCUUUCCCCAUUCCUGGUAAUAACUUAAGCCACAGCAGAAAAAGGGAAAGGACUUCAGAAGGGCCAGCACCACAGUGGAUGACAGCAGCAUCACUUCCACCAGCAGCCUGUGUAGCCAUCAGUGGACAUGCAGGCCAUGUGGAAAUGUCUGUUACCUCAGAACACCCAGAACAAGCAAGCCUUCCAUCCACCUGGACAGCAGCGCCCUUCUUCUAUCAGCCUGCCAAAGGCCGUCGGCAUAUGGCUUCUGGGUGGAAUAAAGGGCAGAGAUUGGAUUCCUA